GUGGGCCUUGUUGUGUCUUAUUAUGACGGAAAGCGAAGGAAGUUCCAUACAAGUUGUAGAAGAAGAACCCCCGAAGAAUAUCUAUGAUCGAGUGAACCAAAAACUUGCUUCUGCAAGGUAUAGUGAAGAUAAUCAAGCUGAACAGUAUAGAGAAGAAGAAGUUCGUCUGUAUGGUGGGUUCCGUUCGCCUACUAUUAGCACUAUAGUGUCAGGUAUAGGCUUCUUUUCUGAGGCUUAUGACUUGUAUGUAGUCAACGUCUUGAGUGAGUUAUGGAAGAAAGAGUAUCCUACUUAUUUCUCUCAGAACAGUAGCAUGAUUUCCCGAAUCGGCAACUCCGCUAUAGUUGGUGCUAUUAUUGGUCAGCUUUUCUUUGGCCUUAUUGGUGACAGAGUUGGUCGCAAGGCCGGACUUUUGGUGACUUCUACCAUAUUGUUUUUGGGUCCUGUUCUUAGUUCUGUUUCUUUCGGUGCAAACGGAAGUAUAAAUGGCUUAUUUUGGAUGCUUGUAGUGGUUCGUGGCUUUCUUGGAGUUGGUAUAGGUGGUGAGUAUCCUUGUGCUUCAGUUUCUGCUGCAGAAGCGGGGGAUGACGCAAAAGUGAAGCGUGGGAAAACUGUAUUAUUUGUUUUCUCAAUGCAGGGCGUUGGUCAAGUUGUUGGCAUCGUUGUGGCUAUUAUAGCUUUGCUUUUUACCAAAAGUAAUUUUCAUGUCGACAAUACCUCAGGCUUUCAUGCUGUAUGGCGUUUUGUUUUGGCUUUUGGUGCUCUGCCGAUCAUUCCUGUUUUUGUUUUGAGAACUAGAAUGAGAGACUCGUUGAGGUUUCGUAUUGCAGGAUAUAAGCGUCGGAAAGUGCCUAUGUUAGUUACUUUUCGUUAUUAUUGGAUUCGUCUAGUUGGAACUGCAGGCUGUUGGUUCUUGAAUGAUAUAGUACAAUAUUCAAAUGGAAUAUUUUCUUCCGAAAUCAUUACUGGUGUUGUUGCUGGUAGUGAUAAAACUGUUCUAGACAUUGCCAUGUUUACGCUUUUAGUUGCGAUUUUAACGUUACCGGGAUAUUAUGUCGCUGCAUUGACGGUUGACAAGAUUGGACAUAAAAGGUUGCAGAUAAUUGGAUUUGCUUGUGUUGGGUUAUGUGGGAUUCUGAUUGGUGGACUUAUCAAUCAGUUAGAGAAUCAACCUGGAGCAUUCAUCCUUAUGUAUGGAAUUUUCCUAUUCUUUGUUCAAUUUGGUUCGAAUACAACAACUUUUCUUCUUGCCGCUGAACUUUAUUCGACACCCGUUCGAACGACUUGUGCGGGCAUUUCAGCUGCUUUCGGAAAGGCUGGUGCUGCUAUUGGAACGCAAUUCUUGGGUCCCAUUGAACAUGCGUUUAGUGGGAAUAAUGGUGUUCGAGCAGUAUUUAUUAUUGCUGGUGGUGUUAGUAUACUCGGUGCUUUACUUACAUGGUGGGUUAUUCCGGAACCCAACAAGAGAACUUUGGAAGAUGAGGACUUUAGUUUUGCUGAAUAUUGCAUUCGGCAUGGAGUGGAUGCAAAAUUAUUUUCAUCGUAAUUUUAUUCUUUUUGUAGACUAUUUUCCAAGUGAUCAAUUAUAUUCUUUAUGAGUUGUUAGUUGACCAAAGCAUUGAAAGAGCAUAAUUAUCAUCGACAUAUUAUGUCGCAACUAUAAAAAUGCUUGCAUAAAACGUGAUUGUUUCUU